AUGCUGGAGGCGGCGGCGGGGCCCGCUCCGGGCGGCGCGGAGCAGCGCGGGAGCCGCUUCAGCGUCCUGACGUGGGAGCAGGUGCAGCGGCUGGACCAGAUCCUGGGCGAGGCCGUGCCCAUCCACGGCCGCGGCAACUUCCCCACGCUGUCCGUGCGGCCGCGCACCAUCGUGCAGGUUGUCCGGAGCCGCCUGGAGAAGAAGGGAAUCCCGGUGCACAACGUCAGGCUGAACGGCUCGGCCGCCAGCCAUGUCCUGCACCAGGACAGCGGCCUGGGCUACAAGGACCUGGACCUCAUCUUCGGCGUGGAUCUGAAGAACGAGGACGUUUUCCAGCUGGUGAAAGAUGUGGUCAUGGACUGCCUGCUGGACUUCCUCCCCGAAGGAGUCAACAAGGACAAGAUCACGCCUGUGACCCUGAAGGAGGCCUACGUGCAGAAGCUGGUGAAAGUGUGCAACGAGACCGACCGCUGGAGCCUCAUCUCGCUCUCCAACAACAGCGGCAAGAACGUGGAGCUCAAGUUCGUGGACUCGCUGCGCCGCCAGUUCGAGUUCAGCGUGGACUCCUUCCAGAUCAUCCUGGACUCGCUGCUGCUCUUCGGGGAGUGCUCGGAGAACCCCAUGGCCGAGAACUUCCACCCCACGGUGACCGGGGAGAGCAUGUACGGGGACUUCGAGGAGGCCAUGGAGCACCUGCGGCACCGCGUCAUCGCCACGCGCAACCCCGAGGAGAUCCGCGGCGGGGGGCUCCUCAAGUACUGCAACCUCCUCGUCAGGGGCUUCAAGCCCAAGUCCGAGGUGGACAUGAAGGCCCUGCAGAGGUACAUGUGCUCCAGGUUCUUCAUAGACUUCUCUGACAUCGGCGAGCAGCUGCGGAAGCUGGAGUGCUACCUGCAGAGCCACUUCGUGGGCAUGGAGAGCAACAGAUAUGACUAUUUGAUGACCCUGCACAGGGUGGUCAACGAGAGCACGGUCUGCCUCAUGGGACACGAGAGGAGGCAGACCCUGAACCUCAUUGCCAUGCUGGCCGUGAGGGUCCUGGCUGAGCAGAACAUCAUCCCCACGGUCACAAACGUUACCUGCUUCUACCAGCCGGCCCCUUAUGUCAGCGAAAUAAACUUCAACUACUACGUGACCCACGUGCAGCCCUUCCUGCCUUGCAAUCAGUCCUACCCCACGUGGCUGCCCUGUAACUGAGCCGGGACAAACCCCAGGGUCUGUGCUCCAAGGUA